ACAUCGUGCUGGGUACGAGUGCCAUGUUUGCAGACGCAAAUGCACGCAGACCAUGGUCUACCGACUGCGAGUUGUCGCACAUAAUCAUGCAGAGACGAGAAUGCUGCUGGUCGAAGAGAGAACCAGGACGAUGAUGGUGCGCGCGUGCUUGCCCGCAGUGGCUGUAGCUUGCCCCACGCGCCCGGUCCCGCUGCAGACUUUCAGGGCCUCUGCCGACGUCACACUUCCUCUCAGCUUCCUCAGCGCAGCGGUAAACAAUCCAGCACCCCGUGUUACGUAGCCCGCGAUGGGUUCCAACAUUCUCUUUCUGCCCUUCCGGCGCUCGCACUCUGUCAACCUCUCCGAAGCCAUCAAGCAGUACAUAUCGUCCAAAUAUGAUCAGCACCCGGACAUGUUCACCAAGGACCUGGAGGCCAUCGAGAAGUUGCGCUCGGUCGCUGUCCACGCCCAGGAGCCCCACGCCAGCAACAUACCAAAGCUCCAGACGUACGCCGCCCAGCUCGUGUGGAUAAGCGGAAAGUUCCCAAUCGACAUUGGCGUAGAGUUUCCAUGGUAUCCCGCCUUGGGAUACAACACGAGCCGUCCUAUAUCUAGGAACAACCUCCGGUUCGAGCUGGCCAACAUUGUGUUCAACAUCGCCGCCAUGUACUCGCAACUAGCCAUGUCGUCGAAUCGAAGCACGCCGGACGGACUGAAGGCUGCAGCCAACAACUUCUGUCUGGCCGCCGGCACACUCGUCCACCUACGUGAUACCGUUCUCCCCGAGCUGCGCACCACUCCGCCAGAAGACAUGGACACAAUGACGCUGGAGUGCUUGGAAAAGCUGAUGCUGGCCCAAGGACAAGAGUGUUUCUGGCAGAAAGCAGUCAAGGAUGGCCUCAAGGACGCCACAAUAGCGAAGCUCGCGGCUCGAGUAUCGGACCUGUACAACGAAGCCAGCGAGGCAGGCAUACAGUCAGAUGCCAUCAGCAGCGAGUGGAUACAUCACAUGUCGGCAAAGCACCACCAUUUCGCAGCAGCCGCCCAAUUCCGCGCUGCAUGCGAUUGCUUGGAGAAGCGCAAAUACGGAGAAGAGGUGGCGAGGCUACAAGACAGCUUGACAUGCGUCAACGAGGCUCUCAAAGAGACACGUUACAUCAACAAGAUGGUGCUGGGUGAUCUGAACGGACUCAAGAACAGGGUAACUGAAGACUUGAAGCGGGCAGAGAAGGACAACGACAUGAUAUACCUACUCCCGGUCCCGCCAAAGGCAGAACUGAAGAUUCUUGAUCGGGCCAACAUGGUGGUUGCUAGAGUGCCGAAGGAGGUCGCUGAUUCCAACUCUCUGCUGGGCGACCAUGGCGAACUUGGACCCGCGCUCUUUUCCAAACUAGUGCCUUAUUCCGUUCAUUUGGCAGCCAGCAUCUAUGCCGACCGACGAGAUCGACUUGUGAACAGCAAUAUUGUCGAGGAGCUAGAGAAGCUGACAGCGGAGCUCCACGAUAUAUUGAGGAGCCUGAACCUGCCCGGCUCGCUCCAGGCGCUUGAGAAGCCACUUGGCAUACCCCCUGGCCUUAUGGCUCAUGCAGAAGAGAUCCGGCAACAAGAUGGACUGAACCGACUGCACCGCUCAAUGAAAGAUACCAAAAAGCUGAAAGAGAAUGACGUGGCCAUAUUUCGUGAAGGUUGCAAUCUCCUCAGCUCAGAGGCUGCCGAGGACGACGCAGCUCGACUAAAGUAUGGAACCGAUCGGUGGUCACGGCCAACGGCGCGGCUAGCCGCACCGAAAUUGUACGGACAAAUCGACGAAAUCAAUGGCUACUUCAAGGCUGCGGAAGGCAGCGACUCGAUCGUUGGGACUAAGUUGACUGAGAAUGAAAAGCUUAUUGCUCUCCUCAAUGGCUCCGACUAUGAUAUCGAAAAUUACGUGCCUAGUGGACGGCGGCCGGCCAUCACUGGCGACGUGGAGAGAGAGGCUGGCAAGCUCCGGGGCUGUUUCAACGAAGUCAGCCGUCUCGAGAGCCGACGGCGACGAAAAGUGGAAGCGCUGCGUACAAAGGCGAACCAUACAGAUCCCGAGCUACUGCGCGAAGCCGCUCGCUUAGAGCGGGAGUACCCUAUGCAGAACAUCGAGGCUGUACAAUUUGAGACGCUGUUCGAUAAGCGGCUGCAGAUGUACGAUGUUGACCAGGAGAUGGUCAAAGAAGAAGGAAGAGAGCAGCAAGACGCGAUACAGAGACUCCAGACCGCCAACGCCACUUUUGUGAACGCGCGGCGAGGUGACCAGUCCACCAAGCAGCGCGAACAGGCCCUGCAGAGCUUGGAAAACGCGUACUACAAGUACAAAGAGAUUAUUGCUAACCUCGACACCGGACGCAAGUUCUACAACGACCUCUCCAAGAUAGUAUCGAGGUUUCGGGACGAUUGUCGAAGCUUCGUCUACCAACGGAAGCAGGAGGCUUCUCAGGUUGAGGGGGACAUUGCAAAUUCGAUGAGCGCGCUCAGCCUGCAGCAAGCGAACUCGAGCUCAUUGCAGCAACAACGCCAGGAGGAUGCCCAGAACCCACAGUAUGGUGCAGCUGCUCACGCCGACGAACCUCUGGCAGCGCCGACGCCUACACGGGCCAGCGUGGGACCUGGCAUGUGGACGCCAGAGAUGCCCAUUCGCUUUGCUGCAGUGCCGACGGCUUCUGGCGGCGCGCGCCCCACAAACGGGCCUGCGCAGGAUGGUCGAUGGGAUCCUACGAAAGGUCUGAAGUUUGGAUAAAUGUCCGGCAGCACGAGCGGGGGUCUCAUGUAGAAGCAAGACAGCCUCGUGCACUGGCACAUUUUCCA